CAAAUUGUGAAUACACCAAAUAGUAUUAUUUUUAGAAAGACUCAACAAAAAAAUGACCAAGGAGAAAUAGAUGGAAGCCAGUUUGAUUUAACCAUACUUUUUUUAUCUGAUCUACCAAAUACCAUAGAACCAAAUUUUGAUAUACAAAAAUAUAUUUCUUUGCGUCUUAAAAACUCCAAAUACUCAAAUUUUUAUCUUACUCCUUCUCGAAAAAAGAGAAAUAUCAAUAAUCAUUCAGGUAGAAGAACAAAUAUUAUAGAAUUAUUUAGUAUUGAAAUAUCUGAAAAUACCAGUCAUACAAUUAGUAGACACAAAUCUUUUGGUAGAUAUUAUGCUUAUGCAAAAUCUACAGAUGAUUAUAAAAGAGAAGCAUUAGCAAAUAUCUUUAAUAAAAUAAUUACUACUCUAUCUCCAUCAUCUACUGAAGCAUUUCAAGAUUCGAUUAAUGAUUCUGAUUUUGAAGUUGAUGAUUAUGAAGACUUACAAAAUAAUAUAUCUGAAGAUGAUAACAAUAUAUCUGCAUAG